ACGCGUUGAAUCUCGCGGAAUGUAACAUCAAAGUUCCGAGGACAGGGCCGAAUUUGGGGGGGGGGGCAACAGGAGCUGAAGCCCAGGGGCCUCCACAACACAAAUUUUUGAGUAAAAUUUCUUAAUUGGGUAAAAUUUUCGAAUGGUAUACAACACUUACAAAGUCUAUGUAUAUUGCUUGACCUUGUUAUUUCGCAAUAAAUUAUUUAAACAACGUAAAAAUUUCUAUUUGAUUUUGGUUCAAAAAUGGUUAGAGAUCUCCACCUCUUCGUUGUCCCAGGGCCUCCACACCUUUAAAUCCGAUUCUGUCCGAGGAUGCACGCAGGCCACGUAUUCGCUCGCUUAAUCUCUCAAGCAUUAAAGUGACGCGUGGACACAUCAAGCGCAUCGAGUCGAGCGAGCUGUCAGCUGUCAGUCGCGUCUUUCUGUCAUCGGUUCUAUCACGAGCUCUGACCUUAAUUUUACGUCGAUUUACAUCAGAAGCAUGGAAGACUUGUCGACGGCAACGUACUUGGGUCUAGACCUAAGCACCCAGCAGGACUUACGGAGGAGUUAUACAGAAGAAAGAGGAACCGCAUGUCGUGGUAGCUCCUUCUUUAAUGUGGGUUAAAGCCUUAGAUAUGAUACUUGACAAAUUACGUGUUUGCGGUGUCGAUUUUAGUAAAGUGGUAGCCAUCUCUGGAUGUGCGCAGCAACACGGUACGAUUUAUUGGGGCAAAGGUAGCCAAAGUCGGUUGCAGCGUUUAAAUCCCACAAAAUUCUUAUACGAACAAUUUGCUACAUCCUUUUCCGUUACUCAUUCGCCUGUAUGGAUGGAUUCCAGUACGUCGAAAGAAUGUAGCGUUUUGGAGGAGAUCGUAGGUGGUCCUCACAAAUUAGCGGAAAUAACGGGUUCGCGAGCGUACGAGAGAUUUUCGGGACCGCAGAUAGCGAAAAUAGCACGCACGAAGCCGGAAGCCUACUGUAACACUGAGAGAAUCUUGUUGGUGAGCAAUUUUCUCGCCUCUUUGUUCCUGGGCGAUUAUGCACCUAUCGAUUGGUCUGAUGGUUCGGGUAUGAAUUUGCUAAAUAUUCAUACGAAAGAUUGGGAUGAUCUAUUAUUGGAGACUUGCGCAUCAGGACUAAGAGAAAAAUUAGGUAAACCUGUUUCAUCAUGCAGUGAUAUCGGUUCUAUAUCGCCUUAUUUCGUGAAAAGAUUUGAUUUUAAAGAAAAAUGUAGAAUAAUUGCGUUUACCGGAGAUACUCCAGAAUCCUUGGUAGGUAUGAGGUUAAAAGAGGGUGAUAUCGCUUGCAGUUUGGGUACGAGCGAUGUUUUAUUCUUGUGGCUAAACGAACCAAAGACUGUAAUGGCUGGACAUAUAUUGUGCAAUCCGAUAGAUAAUCAGGCUUAUAUGGGAUUGCUUGGUUCUACGAACGGUUCUUUAACGCGCGAAAGAAUACGAAACGAGGUUGCUCAAGAUAGCUGGCAAAUAUUUAAUGAAUUAUUAGAAAGCACGCCUCGAGGAAAUUUCGGCAACUUUGCAUUAUAUUUUGAUAAACAAGAGAUCCUGCCUUUUGUCAUCGGUGAUUAUAGAUAUAAUAAAGCCAAUGAUGAAAUCUCUCGAUAUAGUUCGAAAGAAGUAGAAGUGAGAGCAUUGAUUGAAGGUCAAUUUGUCGCAAAAAGAGCAUAUGCUGAAGAUUUUGGACUUGUCAUCGGAUCUAAUACACGAAUUAUCGCAACGGGAGGUGCAUCUGUGAAUAAAGCUAUAUUGCAAGUACUUUCCGAUGUGUUUAAUUCGCCAGUAUAUAUCUCGGAAGCAGUUAAUUCGGCUAUGAUGGGUGCGGCAUAUCAAGCCAAGUAUGGUUUAUUUCACAAUAAUUGUAGUUUUGAUGAAAUUACACGUUGUUUGCCAGAACCGACACCUGUAUGUCAACCUCAUGAUGAUGCCGAAUCCAUUUAUAAACCUAUGACGAUACGUUAUCGUAAGAUUGUAGAUCAAAUAUUAAAGAAGAAAAACGAACAAAAAAGCAAAUGUAAAUAACAACAUUGUAUAAACCAAAAUAUUUUCUAAAGAAAAAUAUAUCUUUUA